AAUAUUCAUCAUAUAUAUAAAACGAGUUAUUCUUAAUGCCAUCGUGUAUUUUGUACGCUCAAGCUUUUUUUUGUAAUAAGCUUGCGUGUUAAAGACUCACGUGUGCUUUCAAUGUUGAAUUUUUCAUCCGGUAAAUUAUGGAUCAAACCUAAUUACGUCUUUUAAUUAGACAGUUUAACUUGAAGCAAUUAUUAUAAACAUCCAAAGAAAUUUCAUAACUGUAGAGAGAAAUAAAAAAAUACAGUAAUUUGAUUAAAUGACAUGAAUGCAUAAUUUUAAAAUGUAUAUGUUGAUAUAUUUAUAAAAAUCCUCCGAUAUGUAUAGCCAUUGAUUUAGUUAACCUUGAAGAAAAGGAUCGAUUUACUGAUGGUUGACGCAAGUAAAAGUACCACGUGCUUAACUUGAGUUUAAUGUAUGUGAAUAUUUAAAAAACUCAAAUAUUCUUCAGAGGCGAAUUCUACAAAAUAAUCAUCCCUGCAUCGUUGGACAUCCAACGCAAGUAUUGAGAAGCUUCAGCGCUACCAGCACUGCCCCCGUUCACCAAGAUGGCGGACGGGAAAGAAGACCAGACGUUUCUACAGAAACUAUUAUUCUAUACAACCGCGUUCUUCAUUCUCCUUGGCACCUUCAGCCUCUUCGCCUUUCUCUUCUUGGUUCCUUUCGUCAUCGACCCUGCAUUCACCACUAUUUUCAUGGAUUUCGAAACACAACCGGCUGAAUGUAUCACCAUUGAUGUAGAAUCGAGGAGAGGUGCUAGCAACUGUUCGUGGACAUCAUGUAGAGAGGGUUGUACAAAGGAACUUUAUGAUUGUACGCAAAUACGCGUGAAUUAUAAAUUACCGGUGAAUGGAACUGACGGGAAGGGCAGGGCGGGAGGAGGUGUCGAGGAUGACGAGGCCGAGGCUAAAUUGAGAUACGAACGAUCUCCAAGAGAUUACAAUAAUUACAUUGAAGAUUUUGAUGACGAUUUCGAUGAAGACGUCGAUCUCAAACUGCCAAAAUCUUUUCCUACAGGUCUCAUGGGUAACAAUUCCGAGUGGUAUUUCACUGGAGCUAAAUUGUUUCCUAACGUAAAAGGCUGUGGAUACCCUCCAAUGUUGAAUUGCAGUAUUUUCUACCGGCAAUAUGCCAACAUAGGACAGAAUUUUAGCUGUUACUAUUCCAAAGUUGAUCCUAGUAUUGUCAUCAGCGAUCUUGAUAUGUGGCAGGUUUAUAUGAAUUUGGUAUAUGCAAUGGCGAUACCAAUACCAUCUUUUAUAAUUUCGGUAAUAUAUCUUACUAUUGCCUACUUCAAAAUUUACAACGAAGACGAAGAAAAAUUGGUAAAUAAAAAUGAUGGCGAGGAUGAGGAAGUCGAAGGUCUUCAUAGCAACGCAACACCAAUUCCACCCACAAGUGGUGCCAUUACACCCGGAAGUGAAGCCUUCAGAGAGGACCUUGCGAGUUUUGGUCAUCAACUCAAAGUUGCUAUGGCAGAUGAGGUCAGCAGAGAGAGCCUUGAUGGAAUACCGAAUUCAAUUUCAGUUCAGGGAAACUUGAACAAGAUGAUGACGACGAGUAUCUUAACUCCACCUGGGCCGACAGCAGCAGUUUGAAGCGACACUUUCAAGGUUUGAACAAUAUCUCAUGGAAGCCCCACUAGAGAUCAUCAUCUCUAAGUCAAAUUAUAGAAGAUGAGGUUUGCAUUCAAGGGUUCCUCAGUCCUCUGUUGAUGAAACAAGUUUUCGAUACUUCAGCACGUCACUGCACGCCAUCGAGUGAACCAGAGGCUAUUGAGAAGGUAAUGAUUUAAUACUUAACAGAUUAAUUAAAUACUCAAAACGAGAAUAUUUUUGUUUGUCUUUUAUUCUUUGUCAUCAAGUCAAUUACGGGUAAAUGAUAACAACAUAUUGGAUAAUUUUUCAACGAAUAAAUGUCAGGAGAAUGCAAAUUCAAUAGGUUUUAGCAAUCAAAUUUCAAUGAAAAUCAAUGAUAAUAAAUUACUCUGGUUCGCUCGUGAAUAAUAAUUAAAAAAAAUAUUUUAUAAAGAAAAAAAUUGGAAAUUUAAUUUAUAUCAUGUAUUAAAAAAUUACAUUGUUUAUUGAUACAAAGAUAAAGGCUUGAAAAAUGGUAUAGGUAAAUAAUGAAAAUGUUAAAAAUAUACUUAAAUAAUUCGCUUGCUGUGUGACCAUGCGUAUUCACCGUUAUAUCGUUGUAAUUUAUACGAUAGAAUAUCAAUUUACUUAUUCACUCCACGCCAAUGAAAUUAUGUAAAAAGACUAAAAAUAAGCUUUACAAAUAUUUAAAGCUAAUGUAAUCGGUUAAUCAAGUGCGAAUUGUUCAAACUUUAUCAGUCCACAAUUUAAUUGAAAUAAUCUAAGAAAACAAAACAAAUACUAAUUGACUUUAUCUCCCAGCCGUCCAAUUGUCAGGCUGUCAUUGAUUUGUACUUAAUCAAAGAGUACUUGCAUGAGGACGAAAUGUCAGAAAUACCAUGGGUAAUGCUUUUUUCUCUCAAGUUAUACCUGGUAAGAGCAUUGCUUGUGCUUCUCGCUUAAUUAUGACAAGUAAAAAUUAGAUCCAUCAAAACAUAAGUUUUUUUUAUUAACUAGUGAAACAAAUAAUUAAUAUAAAUAUCUGAUUAAAUAUUGCCAACAUCAAUCAUAAAUUUAAUGUCAUGAUAACAAUUAUUUUUAAUCCAGCAGUGCUCAAUUACUUGACUUAUUAGUUUUUUAUUUUAUUACAUUGGCGAAUAAUGUUGAAAAUAAUUGUAAAAUUGCCUGGACAUGCGCACAUGACAAUGGUACACUGAUGUACAAGUGAGACAUGUGUUAUCAUAGUUACGAAAAAGAAAAAAAAAACAAAACCAUUUGAAUAAUGAUAAUAAUAUUAAUAAGAUAAAUAAUAAUAAACAACUAAAUUGUUUUUAUGAAUUAAGAACAAGUUGUCUGUGAUCUACAAUAAUUGACAUAAAUAUGUAAAAAGUAUCGACAAGUAAUAAAAGUAUAAAUUAUUAAUACGUUAAUAAACGUAUGUACGUUAAAAAAAAAACAGUUCAAAGCUAUUGAUUGGAUAAAUGAUUUAUAAACUAAAUUUCUUCAAAGUAAUGCAAACAAAUAUUGUGUAAAAUAACAUAUUGAAAAUAUGAAUUGAAAACAGUUGACAUUUGUUUGAUCAUAAAACUUGUCACUGCUGUUAUAGAUUUUCCCACAAUUGCAAGAAGGGAAAAACGAAAUAAGUAAAGUAUUAAAACAAUUAUUACCGAAUAUAAAUCAUAAAUAUGGCACCUCCUUAUCACCUUUAUAAAUAAUAUAGAUCUAGAUAGAUUAAUAGAAGCUCAAAACACCAAAAUUCAUUCCUUCCACCCGCUCCGGCCGUAUAUUUGAUUGUCUUUAUUACAUGGCGUUGCAUCUAAAGUUGAAGCAAAAGUACUAAUAUCUGUUAACAAAUUGAGUAUAUUCUUGAAUCUAAAUACCACUACAACUAAAUAAACCAUAAUAAAAUGUUUGGAAAAAUGUACAUGAUAAUUUUAUAUUAUGUAGCACAUUCUACACAUUAUAACAUGUUGAAUUUAUUUUAUUUGUUAUUUAUUAUCGACAUCAUUGUCAGCUGCGAUUAAUUUUAUGUACAAAUGUAUAAUGCAUUUUUGCGACUAACAAUAAACAAAU